AUGAAGAUACCAGGAAAGUGUUUGUGUGGGGCAAUCCAAUUCUCCGUCGUCCCAAAGGCGUUUCACUCUCAUGGCUGUCACUGCUCCAUGUGUCGCAGGCAGUCCGGGUCGUUGACUUUGACGGUAUCGUGUCAAGGGCCUCCAGAAUUUGAGAAGGGCAAAGAUCUUUUGACCACAUUCAAGUCCUCCGAAUGGGGGGAAAGGUGCUUCUGCUCUACCUGUGGCACAAAUCUCUUUCACAACUCUCCUUCCUUUGGAUAUUUCGGAGUCAGUGCAGGAGCUUUGGACGAACAGGACAAAUUGACCUUGGAGCAAGAAAUCUACAUUGACCAGAAACCGAAUUACUACAGCUUUCAAGGCGACCACAAAAGACUCACAGAAGCGGAGUUCUUGGCCUCGCUUGGCUCCAACGACGAGAAGGAAAAAGAAUAA